AUCCACGGUGGCUGUUAGCCCCCAGGCUACAGACAGACUCUGCGUUUUAAAUUACAUUUGGACCUUUAAAGGGACAAGUCGUACCGGUUUUUCUGACCUAGUAACACGAAACUGACUUCCCUGCCGGGUGGUGUCGUGAUUCAGGAACUCCUGUAGUCUUGGUGACGGAGAGCUACACUUAUCUCAUCACCACCUGCCAUGUUCAAAACCCCCAAAGUAACAACCAGGGAUGAUGCUUAUUUGACUACAGGUAUUUCUCGAAAACGGUGCUAGCAUGCAUGACUGGAAAAAUGCAUCAUCAUCGGAGCAACACAUCCGUGUAUUGGCCUGAUAAAGUAAUCCUUGAGAAAUAGCAACUGCAGUGAUUUUGUAAGGGUGCUUAUAUCACACAAGAAAACUGCAAAUCCAUCUAGAUUGUGAUGUACUUACAUAUAAAAGAUCCAAUCAAUAGGUAAUUAUUCAGCACCACAGCAACACUAGUGGCCAAUAGAGGCAUAUUACAAGGAUUUUCUUCUUCUGGAUGACAGUAGCAGAUGUGUGAUCUUCUCAGAUAAGAAAGAGACUGAAAAUAUGAUUAUCCUGCCCUAACUUCCACACACACCCUAUAGAUAAAACAGAUUAUCUGCAAGACCAAUUGCAGUUAUGCACAGCCCUGCUCCAGAAAUUGUAGCUGGGUACCCAAGUGGAUGUGUAGUGGAUAAAGAUGUGAAUCCAGAGACAACCCUGGGGAGUGCCUACUCUCCGGUGGACUACAUGAGUAUCACCAGCUUCCCCAGGCUGCCAGAGGACGAUGCCAUGUCUGGCGAAAACACCUUAAAAUCUCGCAAAGAUGAUGACAACGUCCUGAGUGAGCAGGAUACAGACCCGGAUCUGUUUCUGAAGUCGGCUCGUCUCCAGCGUCUCCCCUCCUCAGCUUCAGACCUGGCUAGUCAUGAUAUGGCGUCCCUGCGAGAGACUACCAGAGACCCUUUUACAGAAGACUGUGCCUGUCAGCGAGACGGACUGACUGUCAUCAUCACAGCUUGUCUCACCUUCGCCACAGGAGUCACCGUAGCUCUCAUCAUGCAGAUCUACUUCGGCGACCCACAGGUGUUUAAUCAAGGGGCGGUGGUGACAGACGUGGCCCAGUGUACAUCUCUUGGCUUUGACGUUCUGGGGAAACAGGGGUCCAGUGUUGAUGCUGCCAUCACUGCUGCCCUCUGUUUGGGAAUAGUCCACCCUCAUACAUCUGGUAUUGGAGGUGGUGGCGUUAUGUUGGUGCAUGACAUCCGUAAGAAUGAGACGAGGGUCAUUGACUUCAGAGAGACUGCGCCAGCUUCCAUCCAUGAAGAUAUGCUGCGGACGAACCUUGAUCUAAAUUCCGGGCUGCUGGUGGGAAUACCAGGAAUGCUCAGUGGGAUGCAUCAGGCACACCAGCUCUACGGCAGGAUGCCAUGGAAGGAUGUGGUUACCAUGGCAGCAGAAGUGGCCAGAAAUGGAUUUAACGUUACUCAUGAACUUGCUGAAGCUCUGCUUAAAGUUAAGGAACAAAACAUGUCUGAUGCAUUUCGGGAUUUGUUCCUCCCCAACGGCCAGGCUCCCCUCUCCGGGCUGCUCACCAGACGUCUUGAUUUAGCAGCCAUCUUUGAUGCUGUCGCAGUUAAGGGGAUAUCUGAGUUUUACAGUGGAAACCUGACACAAGAAAUGGCAGCAGCAGUGCAAGCAAGAGGCGGAGUGCUCACAGAGGAUGACUUUGGAAACUACAGUACAGUCUUACAGCAGCCAGCAGAGAUGAUAUAUCAAGGACACCAUGUGAUGGCGGCCCCAGCGCCACAUGCAGGUGUUGCCUUGAUAACUGCUCUCAACAUCUUGGAAGGCUACAACAUUACCAGCCAGGUGCCCAGGAACAGCACCUAUCACUGGAUUGCAGAGGCUGUAAAGAUAGCACUUGGCCUUGCUAGCUGGCUUGGAGACCCCAUGUAUGACACCUCUGUCUCAGACAUUGUAGCCAAGAUGUUGAGUAAAUCCCAGGCUUCUGUACUCCGCCAGAUGAUCAACGACUCUCAGGCCUUGCCUGUCAGCCAUUACACUCAAUCAUUUACCCUGGAAAAGGGUGCAGCGCCUGCCCAAGUCAUGGUCAUGGGGCCGGACGAUCACAUUGUGUCAGUCAUGAGCUCUCUAAACAAACCAUUUGGCAGCGGGAUAGUGACUCCUUCAGGAAUCCUGUUGAAUAGCCAAAUCCUGGACUUCUCCUGGCCCAAUAAAACACAAGGCUCAUCACCUAACCCACGUAACAGCGUCCAGCCUGGGAAGAGGCCCAUGUCCUUCCUGAUGCCCACAGCAGUGAGGCCUGCCGUGGGAUUAUGUGGCACAUAUGUAGCCGUUGGAUCUUCCAAUGGAGAGAAAUCUCUCAGUGGCAUCACACAGGUGCUGAUAAAUGUUCUGUCAUCACGUAAAAAUAUGAGUGACAGUUUAGCGCUCGGAAGACUGCACCCGCAGCUGCAACCCAACACCCUCCUGGUGGACUCUGAGUUUCUGGAUGAAGAUGUAGAGCUGCUGCAGGCCAAAGGUCACAGGGUGGAGAGGAGAGAUGUGCUCUCAUUGGUGGAGGGCACCCGGAGAACCAAUGACCUCAUCAUUGGGGUGAAAGACCCCCGUAGUGCUGAUGCCUCUGCCCUCACUAUGUCCAACAUGCCAUAGUGCCACCCCACCCACCCCCACCCCCAUACUCACACAUAAUGAAGAAAGGAGUAAGAGUAACACUGUGUGAUUGAUGGUUAGUGAGGGAGUAAAGAAAAGAGAAAGAGAGUCAGAAAAGACAUGCAGCUUUGUUUGAGAUGACUUUGUAGGGGACUGAUUCUGAUCAGCCAAUAGAUUUUUUCAGUUGGCACACAAAAAAGGAUCACCCUCUCACACAGCGAUGUUGGCAUGCCCUCUCUCACAGCCUCAAGUAACGUUCAGUCACAGUGUAGAUCGUGUCCAAAAUGUACGCCCAUCCCUAGAUUUCAUCAAAGUCUGCAGCCAAAAGGCAGGGCGUAGAGAUGGAAGGAGUAGUCAUGAAAUCAGAUCUCAUGCAGUCCAGGUCCACUUGAAGAAAGCAGUACACUUGAAUGGUUUUACUAAGUGGGUGUUAGUGAAAAAUAGAAAAGUGCAAUGGCUUUUGAAGCUAUUUUCACAAUAUUGGCCUGUGAGGUACUGAAAUUAUUGAUGAAAAAAUUUGCUUUUUGCAAGAACGGGCAGGCAUGAAAAAGUAAUGAUGCCACACCAUGAAGCCACCAUUUGCACCACAUGGAUUGUCCUGAAUUCAACCCACCUUUCUGCUUUUGAAUUCAUCCACUGCAUUUUAGAAUUAUUCCAAAUAACGCAUAAGGUCACGUGGAAUGGUGUAAAGUACUGAUAUUUAAACAAAUGAUUAAGCCUGCCAUUAUCACAUCUAAAUUAGACUAUUAAUCUGAACACAGAGGCUAAAAUACUCACUCUCCUGCUCUUCAUAUGGUGUUUAACUGUGAUUAGAUGUUUGGUACAGCUGCUGGAGUUUUAACUGUUGUGAACAAUCAAUGGCUCCUUUGUUAAGACAAACACAUAACAAACACAAAAUCCACUACUCAGAAUUAUUCAUUGAUUAUCUUAAAUUAGAGGAUUUGUUUUAGUUUCACGGGUGUUCAAUAUUACUAUUGAUAUAAUAUGUGUGUUUAAAAUAUAAUUUAAGAAAUC